CUCAGUCAAGGGCAGCACAUCUCUGAUGCCAAACCCUCUUUCAACUACAUGCUGUUUUUUCUUUGGAUAAUAGUUCCACUUAUUGCAGAGUUACUUUAAUUUAUUUCACAGGGAACAACAGUGCAGGAGCCACACUCAGUGCUUUUUGUUGUUGUUGUUGUUGUUUUUACGCAUCGAAGUUGGGAUCAGUCUCGCCACUUUUACGCAUGGCUGUGCCGCGUCUCUCCGCAGGAAGCAGCCGCGCUUCUGAGGAGUAAAAAAGUGAGCGACGAUGCGGGGCACGGAGCUGCUGCUCGGCUACUUUCUGGUCAAAGUUCUGGUGUGCGACGCGGAGGGUGAGCCGGGUCACGCCACCGACGACGACGACGCGGGCGCAGCCGACGACUACAUGAUAGUGACCGGAUUUAACGACUCGAAGGAGACGGAGAGCGCAGUCACGGAGAGUGCGCACACCGAGGACAAGUGCCGCGGCUACUACGACGUGAUGGGCCAGUGGGACCCGCCGUUCGUGUGCCAGACGGGGAACUACCUGUACUGCUGCGGCACCUGUGGCUUCAGGUUCUGCUGCGCGUUCAAGAGCUCUAGACUGGACCAGACCACCUGUAAGAACUACGACACUCCGCCGUGGAUGAUGACGGGGAAGCCCCCGCAGAAAGUGGACGUGGCGCUGGAGUCGGCGAAGGAUAAAACCAACCUGAUCGUGUAUGUCAUCUGCGGGGUCGUGGCCAUUAUGGCGCUGAUAGGGAUUUUCACCAAACUCGGUUUGGAAAAGACGCACCGGCCGCACCGAGAGAACAUGUCAAGGGCUCUCGCGCAUGUCAUCCGUCACCCGGCCUCAGAGCACACGGACGACAUCGGACUUGGCCAGCACUACGAGAACAUACAGACCAGAGUGACCAUCAACAGUCUCCACAGCAGCCAUAUGAACAACAUCGUUCAGACGUCGACUUUGAUAGCUCAGCCGUACCCGGCCGUGGGACAGAUCGCCAGUCCAUACGAGCAGCAGCAGCAGCAGCAGCAGCAGCAGCCGCCUGUCAAGGACCUCAACAAGUAUGCCACGCUCAAGGCUGUGGCAGAGAAAGCCAACAACGGCUUCUACAGCAGCCGCCGGCAGCUGAUCAAGGUGACGACGAAGGGCAGCCUUCCUAUGGAAGCUGUAGAUACGGAGCCCGAGCCGAGCAACCCUUACAGUCCACCCAAACAUCUCUUUGCAAAGCAGAACGAUCACAAAUACAAAAGCCCCAGGAGCCGCAGCUCCCAGUCGCUGUGCUACAGCCCCGGCUCUGUCGCCAGUCCAGCCGUGCCGAGAUCCUGGGACAGCAAGGACACGCUGGGGCUCCGGCCGAGCUACGGCCCCAAGAGACUCUGCAUCAUAGAGAAGGAGCUGCACACCACUCGCUACCUGCCUCCUCACCCUUACUUUGUCACCAACAGCAAGACAGAAGUGACGGUAUGAGGGACUGAGGGACAAAGACAGGGAUUGCAGACUGACUUGACUGUUUCACGGACUUGCUGAAUGUGCGCACCUUGUAUGUGCAAAGUACAAGGUGACGCCACCUACAGGUGAAGUGUGUUGCAAAAAAAAAAGAAGAGCAUUCACUGUAACUCAGCACGACACAGUGAUGACUAUAGAGUAUAUAUAAUCCAAGUGCUUACACAUAACACAAAAGCUUAAUAAAUCCUUUAUAUCAGUGACAUGAAGAGUGACACACUAUGUACAGUUGUCAAAACUCAGUCAGUUAGAUCAUCCGUCAUUUCUAUCGAAUCAAAUCGAUUGUAAAUAAGAACGUGUUUCUGAUUUACUGUUUACUGUGGUUGAAUGGAUAUUGAUACACAAAUUAUUUAAAACUCAUAGACACUGUUUGAAAAACACUGACACAUUUUAUAGGAUAAAAAUAAAUGCACUAUUUUGAGUUUAUAAGUCUAUGAAAAUUGCAUAGAUAAAUCGAACCAGUCCAAACUCUGGAUAUAUCAUUUAAUUAUUAAUUAUGCAAA